CGUCAUCAUGGCUUACGAAAGAAGGUUCGGAAGGACGAUGGGAGGAAACGUCACAACCGUCGUUUGCCUUCCUUAUAAAAGCGACUUGACCCGACACAAUUCCUCCCGUCCCAAUUUUCCUUGUCUUGCUUUGCUACAAUAAGAAUGGCCGCACUGGCAGCAGCAGCUGUCCUUUCCCUCGCCGCGUUUUCGGCUGGUGUUGCUGCGCAAAAUCCAUCGGGAGUCACCAAUGGAGGAGAUCCAGCAACGGUAGGGCAGUGGAAAGUCGUUUCGACAAAUUCCGGCGUUGUUCCAAUCCAUGUCGCAUACCUUCCCGGCGACAAGCUCUACAUGAGCGAACGCAUUCACAUUCCACCAAGAACCGCUGACGGAGUUUCAGAGGCGGACAUACAAACGCGCCUCGCGACCGGAUGGUACACUCAGAACCAGAACUUGAAAAACAACGCGUUCUUCACCGAUGCAGCAGAGUUUGAUCUCGGCACCAACCAAUACACGCUUAUCGAUCACAUUCCCGCUCAAACGGACACGGCCAAGAAUCAGGGAUACGCCUUCUGUUCGGGUCAUUCUCAGUUGCCUGACGGGCGAAUUAUCGUGGUCGGCGGUGAUCAGUACUGGGAUACGCCGUGGAAUGGACAAAACAGGACUUCUGACGGACGUCGUGAUAUUCGCAUCUACACAAACUCCACGUCAUUUGCAAAGGUCGCGGACAUUUACAAUGUUGACAACCUAGGUCCCAAUGAUCCUCGACGCGAGCUUUGGGGCCGCUGGUAUCCGAGUGUCUUGACAUUACCGGACGAGCAAAACGUACUGAUUAUGGGUGGUCAACGAGCCUUUUACAGCCCGGACAAUGCUACCAUGGAUAACCCCACAUAUGAAAUCUUCAACGUUAAUACGCUGACCUCCACCAAACCGGUCCAAUCCAACCUAUUGUCCGCAAACUUUCCCGUCAACAUGUAUCCGAUACUUUAUGUACUUCCUCAGAGCGGCAAGAUUUGGGCAUUUGCCAACAAUGCAUCUGCAGUUUUGGAUCUCGCCGCGGGUACAGAGACACCCGGUCCUUCGUUACCAAACGAUGGCGUUCUCGGCAGAAGCUUUCCGUUUGCUGGCACCAACUUUAUACCGAUGAUUUCGUACAAGGAUAAUUACCAGAUGGUUUCGUGGCUCUGCGGCGGUGUCAAUGGCACGGGUCCGGACGGUAACCCCACUCCGCGUGAAGGUAAUUCACCCAAAUGGUACGCCAACUGUCCCAACUGUCUGCCGACGGCAUCCUGCCACUCCUUGCCACUGGAAAAGAAUGGCGCUCAGUGGAGUCGCGAAGAUAUGCCACUUGCGCGGUCCCAGCCAGCUGCCGUGAACCUUCCUGAUGGAACAAUAGCCAUUGUCAGCGGUUCCGGGAAAGGUCACCAGGGCGGAGUCUUUGGUCAAGCUGUUGCCAGCAAUGGUGUCAAGAAGGUUGUCAUAUUCGACCCAUCCAAAAAGGUUGGUGACGCCAACCGAUGGAGGGUAGGAGCAGAAGCCGCAAUUGCUCGACAUUACCACAACACUGCUCUCCUUCGGGUCGAUGGAACCAUUGUCACUGGAGGAGGUGACGCUCAGAACGGCGACAACAUUGCGGACCGUCCCGAUGAUAUGAAUCUCGAAGUCUACUCUCCUCCCUACAUGUUCAUGUCAAACCGCCUCGAGCUGGACCAGGUUCCCACACAAAUCAAAUAUGGCCAGCAAUUCAUUGUCACCUUUAAGGGCGAUGUUGCCCAGCAAGUUAAACAAGUCAGCAUGAUCCGAUAUGCUACCAUGACCCAUACCAUGAACUUGGACCAACGCCACGUGGAGCUCGAGAUUAUCAAAUACGGAAAAAAUAAGCUCUUGGUCAAGGCUCCUACCAAUCCCAAUGCCGCUAUUGCCGGUAACUGGAUGCUGUGGGCCGUCGACUCGCGCGGCGCACCCGUGGUCAAGGCCGCUACGGUCAGUCUUCGGAACAGUAACCCUGGCGGAGACGCUCAGUGGAACGAUGCAGAAACCGUUUCUACGCCUCAAUUCAGUAGUCAAUCAUCUUCAGCCGCAGUGCGGUUUGCGGGAAUGUCAGUGCCGAGCAUGACGUUUUUCAUUGUUGUGAGUUGCCUUGUCACCGUUGGGGGUUUCUGGUAGGUGUGAAAACAUUGUAAAGACGAGAAGGACACUUGGGGUGAAAUUGUUCUUUUGUAUUGUAGCGCUCCCUUAUCACACGUAAUUGUAAUUUGUGCAUUAAUAGAUAUUUUACAUAGUAGAAUAGUGUGACUGUGCCAUCACGCAAUUUAUCCUUUUGUGUUCACCGA